UGUUGAAUGCUGAUUCAGAAUGUGUUUGAUACUGGAUGAUAAUUAAUUUGCUGAUAAAUUUUUUACUUUCCUGGAUUAGGAACAAUUUAUAUCUGCCUUUAAGUGAAAUUUAUAUUUAUGUGAUAUAAUAUUUAUUUAUCCUUAUAUAUGACAUAAUAAAUAUAUAAAAUUAUAUAUUGUGCAUGUGUCCCAGACGUGUCAUGGCCUACAUUUUUUUGAAAAUUUACAUAUCCAUGUUGUGUCAUGUGUUUGUGUCCAUGCUUCUUAGUGGUGAUCCUUUUCAUCUGUUCUUUUGAAGUUCGAUAUCAUCUUGAUGAGGAUCCAAAGACUUUGAAGGUGUUUCCUAUUCCACUUCAUGAUUCAAGUGGAACUACCUUGCAUUAUGAUCAUCUCAGUAUUUCUCCUGAUGGAAGGAUGUUGGCAGCUACUCAUGGCUCAACAUUGCAGUGGUUAAGUGCUGAAACUGGGCAGGUUUUGGACACAGCUGACAGGGUUCAUGAUGGUGACAUCACUGGCAUUGCAUGGUCCCCUAGGGCAAUAUCAAUGGGAGAUAAACAGGCAUUGGUUUUAGCCACCUCGAGCGUCGACAAGAAAGUGAAGUUGUGGGCACCUCCUAAUUUAGCAUAAAGGAUUCAGCCCCUGCAUUACCAUGAACCAUUGGCAGGAAGCCCUUGUUCCGAUGUCACUUGUUCAGCCUUUGGAUAUGCCUAACUUCUCAGCCACCUUAUCACAAGCUCAAAUCCUUAACUACUAAUUUUGAAGAGAUUGAUACCCUCUGCUGAAAGAAGGCUAGACUUACGGCAAGUUCGGAAAAUGAGCAGACACGACACUAGUUUUUUAUGUUUUUGUUCUUUGGUUCCUUUCAUUUGCAUAGUCUGAUCUUACUGAUCUUGGAAGACUCGGCAAGUUUUUUACAGAAUUAAACAAUAUGGAUGGUUUUGAUACUUCUAGCGCACCCAAACUAUAAACGGAGGUUGUGAUACCACUCUGGUUUCAAAUUUAAAUGUUAUAAUGUAAUUCUUAACCAAUUCGAUUUUUGUUUUGUGACCC